CACACGGCGCGUAUUCGUUCUCGUCGUUGCAUUCUUCUAAAAACCCUAGAAUAUAGAAUUGAAAUUCUCUGUAUCUUUUUCUUUUUUUUUUCCUGAGGAAAUUCAGUUCUGUUGUGAUCAUGGGUAAUACGGAGAAAUUGUUGAACCAGAUAAUGGAAUUGAAGUUCACGGCGAAAUCCCUGCAGCGCCAAGCGAGAAAGUGUGAGAAGGAGGAGAAAUCCGAGAAGCUCAAGAUCAAGAAGGCUAUGGAGAAGGGAAACAUGGACGGGGCACGAAUUUAUGCCGAGAACGCGAUCCGGAAGCGUACGGAACAGAUGAAUUAUCUCCGGCUCGCUUCGCGGCUCGAUGCGGUCGUGGCUCGUCUCGAUACGCAGGCGAAGAUGUCCACUAUAAACAAGGCUAUGGGCUCGAUCGUCAAAUCCUUGGAAAGUACUUUGGCGACUGGUAAUCUGCAGAAGAUGUCGGAGACCAUGGAUCAAUUUGAGAAGCAGUUUGUGAACAUGGAGGUCCAAGCUGAGUUUAUGGAGAAUGCGAUGGCAGGUUCGACUUCUCUGUCGACUCCAGAGGGAGAGGUUAAUAGUUUGAUGCAACAAGUGGCCGACGACUAUGGAUUGGAGGUUUCUGUGGGUCUUCCCCAGCCGGCAGGUCACGCUGUGCCAACCAGGGAGACCGAGAAAAUCGACGAGGACGACUUGACAAGGCGGCUUGCUGAGCUUAAGGCCAGAGGGUAAACAAUUUAUAUUAGAAUGAGAUCCUAUAUCAUAUCGCUGUAAAAUCUACGUAUUUCAUUGCUGACUUGUAUUAGUACCUACAAGAACUUAUAAUAUGUAUAAAUUUGAAGCAUUUGAUAUGCGACAUGCUUGCUGCAUACUGCACUGCAUAUUACAAUUGAUGCCUUUUCUAAAAUAAA